AUGUCGCUGAGUACUCAAACAGUUAUAAUAACUGUAUCAAAUCCAUCAUUAAUCGUUUAUAAUGAUUUACAAGUCUUAUAUUCGAAUACACUCAAAUGUCCUUGUUCUACGAUGACAAUACCUUAUAAUACAUUCAUCUCAUUGUCGCCAAUCUUGCAUCAAGUGUGCUCAAGUGAUCUUGUUAAUAAUCCUUGGCUUUCAAUAUUGAAAACAGCCACAAAUAUGUGGGCUUCUCUUGAUUGGCGUAAUAUAGCUUCAUCACAAUUUGAAUUAUUGUUGGAUCUUUGCCAACUGGCUAAUAAAACGAUCGAUGAUGCUGUUCGUCGCUUUAUCUUGCAAUCCUUCAUCACUUCAAAUGUACUCACUGAAAUCGAUUUUAAUUCACAAUUAAAUGCAACUCUCAAUCAAUUUUUUCAAUCGACAAUUGCCUAUUUUGAUCUUCUUAUUAACACAUUCGAACUUUUUAUGCAAGUCGAUCAACCUUAUAUGGGAUCAAGACAAAUGAUUUACGGUGCAUCGGAUCGAAACAUAAUCAUAAAUACUGUAAUAAAUGAAACGAACAAUCAGAAAUCAUUACAGGUAUAA